AUGGGAAAUGAUGGUGGCUCCAUACCACGUCGAGGUGAACUGGUGAAAACUAAAAAGAAACCCGAAAAGGUUGAGAAAGACUACGAGCUACAAGCGCGAUGGCGUCAUUGUACAAUCACACAGCAACACCUGCAGCUGCCAAUGGUUGGAUGUGAGCUUGGAAAAUUGUAUAACAAAGACGCCAUUAUUGAAUACCUACUAGAUAAAGAAAGUUCUGAUAACUGCCCUCACAUUCGUGGUUUAAAGGAUGUAAAAGAAUUAAAGCUAGCAAUCAAUCCAGCUUAUAGCGAGAAUGAUUCUAAGCGUUGGGUAGCCGAUUCGUAUUAUGAUCAUCAAGAUUCAGAGUUCAUCUGUCCGGUAGUUGGAUUUUGCUUUCUAUGGAAUUGUGGCUGUGUUUUAUCAGAACGUGCCUUGAAAGAAAUUCCAAUUAAAAAGUGUCCAUCGUGUAACAAAGAAUACGAUGAUAAUGAUAUUAUUGUCAUUAAUGGAGACAAAAAUGAUGUCGAAAAGCUUCAUGGCAAGAUGAAAGAGAGACGAUUAGCUGCUAAAAAAGAAAAGUUGAAGAAACGAAAAAUUCAGGAAGUUGACCCAACCUCGUUAUAUAAGCCCAUUACUAAAACUCCUUCGAAUUCCGAUAAAAUCACGCCUAAAGUUCGAAAAAUCAAUAGUAACGUUAACGACGCUGUUAUUUAUGGUGCUGCUAGUGCUACAAAAGAUAUCAUGGAUAAGAAUGACUUAAAACCAAAGUCGAAAACUUUUAAAUCCAUUUUCACUAAGAGUGGACCAACAAAAUCAAAACGAGAUACCGCUCAUUGGGUUACCUACGAUCCCUACAAUCUUUAA